AAACUGAUAUCCGAUCCAAAAAUGACCGACUGGCAUGUGGUGGAAGUUCGUGUAGAAGGAGAUGAUGGGUUUGAAGUAAUCACUCGGAGAAAUAAUCCCGCAAAACCUGGAGCUGUCACUGGUCAACUCACUUAUUAUUCAUUCCUAUCAUCAAUCAAAGAAUCUAGAUAUAAGCCUAUUGGAGUUCAACUGUGUUGAAUAGUUUCGCAGUGAAGAAAUGUGUAAUUAUUUCAGCUUUUUGUUCGGAAUUAGAAUCAGUAUCACGUAUUGAAUUUUGUUUUUUUUACAUUUAAAGAAUUGUAAAAUAAAAGUGAACCAAUUUUAAAUAUGAAGGUCACGGUCAUCGAUUGGUUGUCAAAAAUUGCAGAAAUAUCAGUAUUGAAAUCAGUUAUUCUCGAUUUUUCAAACUUGAAAACCAACUCGGACUGCCCGUUCUUCUGCUCAUCAACUAAUAAGAUGCCCUGUCAAACGAAGUCAAACCCAACGGAAUUGCACAUCUCCACUGGCCGCGAGAUCGUUCAACGCAACUUUGUGUUCCGCAACACCACUGGCAAGGACUUCCUGCUGAAGUUGUAUGCUACGAAUGAAGCCGUCACAUUCCUAACGGAAGUUUUCCGUUUUCCACCAUUGGCUCAUCGUGCCAUCCAGUUCCGUGUGAACUCAUCAAAGCUUUCCCAAUGGGACAAGAUGAAUCUUUCGAUCAAAGGAUACGUGUUGCCGAUCUAUGCGAAGAGUUUGAAGCAGUUCAUUGAUCAGAAGAAAACUGCAGGAAAUAAGGAGCAAGAGACAUUCUCCUUGUCCGUCAAGUUCACGGAUCAGUUCUCGGCUCCGCAGACAGUCAUCAACUUGCCAGGAUGUGCCACGUGUAUCGAGUCGACUGAUCAUCCGGUUGACGUGGAAGAAUUGGACACUACAACUGCAGUCAACAUCGAAAGAGAUGUCUCCACUGCUGUUCCAAUUGGUUCAAUGAUGGGAUUUGUUGAGGAGUACAAACGUCGUCAAUUGAACAAAGGAUGCUGGUUGUCCAACUACAUCUGUGGAACUGAGAAGCAACCGGAGAAACAGUCAAUGAGAUCUUCUCGUAGAUCAAGCCGUUCGUCGAAUCAUUCUGCAAAGAGCUCAAAGGCUUGCCGUAUUCAGGCUAAUAAAAAGAACAAAAGUGAUGUCAAUGUGUGCCUUGAAGCAACUCCGUGUGGUGGAUCAACUAUUCAAGCUUAGAUUGAACUGUGAAUGAUACUUUGGUAUGAAUGAAUAAAACUGACUUGGUAGGG